AUGGCCACCGCGCCCCCGAAGAGUAUCAAAUGCGUCGUUGUAGGAGACGGUGCGGUCGGCAAGACCUGCCUGCUCAUCAGCUACACGACUAACGCCUUCCCCGGCGAAUAUGUGCCGACCGUCUUUGACAACUACUCGUCCCAGGUCAUUGUCGACCACCAGACCGUCCAGCUCGGUCUGUGGGACACGGCUGGUCAGGAAGACUACGACCGUCUCCGCCCACUCUCCUACCCGCAGACCGACGUCUUCCUUCUCUGCUUCUCGGUCGUCUCACCCGCAUCCUUCGAGAACAUCCGCACCAAGUGGUUCCCCGAGAUCCAACAUCACUCUCCCGGAACGCCCAUCAUCCUCGUCGGCACCAAGCUCGAUCUGAGAGAUGACCCCGCGGCUCUGGAGCGCUUGCGCGAGCGGCGGUCCCAGCCGAUCCAGUACUCGCAAGGAGCAGCCAUGGCCAAUGACAUCCGCGCAGCCCGCUACCUCGAGUGCUCUGCGCUCACACAGGUGGGGCUCAAGACGGUCUUUGACCAGGCGAUCCGGACGGUCCUCAACCCGAACCGUCGCAAUAAUACCCGCAGGAAGGGCACCGGUUGUGUCCUCAUGUAA